UCCCGCGCUCUCCCAUCACCGUAGAAUGAAUCCACGUAUUAGCAUAAAUAUGAUACACAGACUUACUAAUAACUUUCCGGAGAGCUAUCUUUAUGUUAUAGUUCAAGAUGGCUUUCCGGAAAUUUAUCAGCUUACCAGGAGAAUCCGUAUUUAAGGUCAAGAACAUAAUAUUGUAAAUCGAACCACAAAAUUAUUGAUAUUCAUAAAUAUAUACGGGCACUAUAACUAAUCUGAAUAUCAACUGAAAGUCAUUUGGAAUUAUUAGAAGCUUGCUCGUAGACCAGCCAUGGGUUGCAUGGGUUGAACAUUUUAUUACACUCAGCCGGCUCUGGAAUUGAGAGAAUGUCAAAUAAACUGAGCUUGUUAAUUUGAGAGGUUCCGAUUUCUCCAUUUUACAAUUCUUGUCUCACGGUUGCGAAACGACAAUAACUUACCGUCAUAGCCCCAAAUGUCGCGUCCUUUAAUUCACAACUGAUUAUUUUUUAUAAAACUUCACAAAACUCGCUCUGUACGUGACUUAUGAAUCUUACCGCUGGCCAAAAUGGCUGAACGGGGAGACACCUGUAUUCUUCACUUUCGAUCGUUGCUUUUGAAACUGCCAACUGCUUUCGACAGAACCCGAAUGCUUUCUGGUUUGUAUUUGGGAAUAAGUUUCCAUAAAAUGGUCUAGACAAGUGCAACGCCAUGAACGUGUUUAAGCACCUCUCCAUAAUUGUGUACGUUUUGGGGGUGCGUUGCGUACACGAUGCGUUCCGUCAGUGCGUUUCACUUUCACGGACACAGACAGUGACCAUUAACAUAACAUGAAAUUAUGUGUGCGUUGCCUUCGGCCAUCAAAAUCGCCCUGGGAACGAUUAGACGGAUGAUACAUGUGCGUGUAUAUAUUUUAUACGCAACGCUUGGCGUAAGUGUUGACUGGCAUAUGGAAGGGCGCCUUUAAUGUGAAAUAAUUUGUCGAGAAAGUUUUGCAUUUAAUCCAAAACGAUAAGACUGCAAUCUAAAUUUGUUUGGAUCGAAUAGCCAACAUGUAAUUGAUGAUACUGAUAAAAGCAAAUCAAAGUUCCAGGUUUGUAGGUGAAUGUGCAUUCCGGCACCAAUGCCCUUUGUAGUUGACGACUGGUACAAGUUUAGUAUUCUCUACAGUCCAUAUUAGGCUACCUAACCCCCGGCGCGGCCGCGCCUCGCGACCAGCAUAAAUCACUUGACGCUGAUGCCCACGGCUAUUGACAUUAUUUUAUCGUAGGUUUGAUGUCGAUCAUUUGAUCCCUGAGUGACCGUGUCCGACUGACUUGGCUACUGCUGAUUAUAAUACGUGGACUUCUCUAGAAGCCACCGGUUAGCGACUAGCUGUUUGGCGCAGACCAAGUUGUUUGCUGGCCGUAGACAUUUAUACCUCAAUGCUCAAAUGUGUGGCUGAGCAAGUCAACCUCUGAGAGUAACCAAAGAAGACGUGAGUCAACACAAGCGGGCACGUAGUCUCACUUACAAGACGUUACUAAUUACUUGGUUCACGCAGGGAGACAUAAAAAAUACAAUCCGUUUGGGUGAAUGGACGUCAAGUGCGCACCAUCGGUAGCAACCUUGGUGGCCAUUUUGUAGCGACCUCGUCAAGCGCAGGCAAUGCCUUUUAUGCAGUGUGCCUGGCCUUAUGUUUCGCACAGUGAACUCAAAAAAGCAAGUUCGUAUUGUCUUAUCCCUGGACUACCGACGUCUUGUAACCAAGACUAGUGGAGCACGCGGUGCCUGAUGUACGUGCAUAAUUGCCUACAGUACUUGGUACUGCAAGUUGAAUUGUUACAGAUUUUAGGAAUCUCCCGUCGCAGUGUGUCGUGACCAUCCUGGAAACUUCUAUUCUUCAGAUCAUUGACAGUGUGAUAUUUGAAACAGGGGCGGCCACAGUUCUGACUCAGGCCAUGGAGGAAGGACGCAAACAGACCCUGUUUCCGCAGUGCUGCUAGUCGAUCCCGUCAACUUGUUCAGUUUCGGGGAGACGGCGUCUUCCCCGUUCAUCACGUGCACGUACGUAUUACAUGUGGUGGGUCCGCACGUACUCGACUCCAGGAGCAGGACAUGACACUCCUGUUGCUCUCCAUUGUCGCCGGCUCAGCCCUGGCGUUCCAGUCCUUCAACCGGCUGCUCGACCGGCUGCCCAUGCGGUACGGGCCAUGCGGGAAAUACUCGGCAACGGACAAGCACAAAUGGAGAAACGCGGCCACGUCGCUGUUGAAUUCGUUCGUUUUGUCUGUCCUCGUCUCCAGCUGUUUUUACUGGUACCCGGAGCUUUGGAGUAACAUGGUGUAUUACUGCACGCGUCUCAACGAAAUUACGUUCGCUGUCCUCGUGGGUUACUACAUGUAUGACUUACACGACCUGGUUUCCUACAACAAAUUCUCUGCAAUAUGGCCGUUAUUAGGACACCAUCUCACGGGCUCGUUUCUGCUGACGUUAGUACAGCGAUAUCAGCAAGGCAUGGGCGUGGUGCUCUUCGCGCUUUUCUGCGAGGUCAAUGCGGUGUUCUUACACCUCCGCCAGCUUCUCCUGAUGCAUGGAGUCGCCAGGCAGUCGCUCCUCUUCCGCGUCGUCAAGAUCGUCAACCUGGCCACCUUUGUCGUCUUCCGUCUGAUCCCGAUGGUGUACUCGGGCUACUGUUCCGUGGCCUACGACAUGGCCACCAUCUUGGCCAUCGCCACACCGAUGUGCAACGUGGCGAUUGUCACCGUCAAUGUCGUGCUGUUUCGACGAGUGGUCUACAACGACUUCAUCAGAAGGGACAAUAAUAACAAGAGUGACGAGGCCUUUAUCAUGGAUAGAUAGCUAAGCAUGGGAAAAAUGAUACAAGUCAAAGUGUCAUGGCUGUGCUUGCAUGGGCAAGCCAUGUGCCAUAUACUCUAUCUAAUGCACGUUUUGCACUAUUCGCUCCUCCCCGUCAUCCUGCAACAGAGCUCUGUGAUAGGCCGUGUCGGAGUCGCUUGUCUGAGGCUUGAAAAUGUACACCGCUCUACGGGAGUUACGGCCACUACGCGCGUGCAAGCCGGCCUCUGUGCUGAUGACGCCACACUUCGUUUACGUGCUUGUGUACUUUCCUAUGGAGCACAGUGGACCAGGUACCCCACUUGCUCCAUAGAAAAGUGCGCACGUAAAUAAAGAUUUACGUCAUCUGUACAUAGGCCUAUUCGGACACAGCUAAGGACUGAUUUUUUCAGGAUGGGUGAUGUCAUUUCUUUGUGCCCGCAUUGUACAGAACUGUGUUUGAACAAAACCACGAGUCGACACUUCCGUGUACUGAAGAAAAUAAUUUAAUGUGUAGGCCUACGUGCUGCUAAGAAUACAAGAUGCUUUGCAAUGCCCGUACUUCUCUACAGAAUUUGAUGAAAGCAAUCAUCCCAUUCCAUCACAGCAGCCCGUUAGGCUGUGGGGACCAGCGAAACUACAUGUAGCAUUAUUGAAGGCGCUCAAGUAAACUGCAGGAUUUUACCUCAUAAAAUUUGCAAUGCGCUUUUGGAGCGUGGAAGGCUUUGUAACGGGAGAACGGGAGGCAUAAAGAGGCAUGGUAUUAACUUUUCAAACAGUGUCUAUUUUCUAAAUGUCGCAUAUCUUAUUUCCACGUAAAUAGGCGGGGAAACGCCCCCGCUCAUUUUGCCUUCCGUCGACCCGCCAAGGUUUCUCGACUAAGCCGAAGAUUAACCGAUGUUAAGGCAUGACGUUAAUCUUCGUGAAAAAAAGAAACUGCCCAAAGGUAAAUCUCCUUGUACUCUGCCUAUACCAUUGAGUAUUACUUUUCUAUAAUGUUUUGCCAUUUUUUACUUUGCAAAUUGUAAAUAUGGCUACCAUUAUCAAUAUUCGUCAGUACUUUUUCGAAAGACCAGAUUUUUUAACAGACUGAACAAUGGAGGGCUUUCCAAAGAUUUCCCGAUUUUCCUAUGAGAAAAAAAACCGAAAAGCAUGACGGAAAUCGCACGUUAAACUCGUUGAAAUGUCCUUUCACAAGGUGUGUCUGUAUUCCUGUAAACAUACAUUGUGUUGAAUAGAGUGGAAUUCUCAGUCGAUCAAAUGGAAAGAUGCACGUGUUUCCAUCUGUUGAUAUUUGGUGCUAUGUAGUAGAAAUAAAGCUUUAUAAUAACCAGUAAUUAAGUUUUGUAUUCCGACGAUGCGAGAUCGUCAUAAUUAUUUUGUACAAUUCGAGAGAUCAAAACUGAUGUUGAAUAGCUGUUCCAAAAUGCCAGUAACACAUUGACAAGGUCUCUGUAUUAUGUGUGUACAUGAGUCUUCCAUGGAAGACCUUCUGCAGCGGAUGUUUAAUUCUGAGUGGAUUCCGCGCUUGUUGCUACCACAAGGAACAUCCUGCAGGUAAAGAGUUGCCGGGCAACGUCUUCUGUGCAGACUUUAAAGCCGUGUUCUUUUAUCGACAGAUUGAUCAAAUCACGAGAUCGUGAAAACAUAAGGUUCUCGACAGUCGAUGCAAUGUGGAAAAAGUGAACAUAGUGACGCCAUAAACAGUUUUGGUUGUACAUGUAUUGUGCAGAUAUAUAGGGCGACCCUCGUACCGUUUGCAAUACAGGCGUUUCACAAUAGUGCGCCCACGAGAGUUUGCAACGCGUUGACCAAUCAAGGUG